AGCUGAGACUUGAUCUAAGAGGAGACCCCCCAGACUCAUAGGGAACUCCCGCCUGCCCUCGGAGGCCGGAUGCUAAGCAGCCACAGCUGCUCUGAAGCCCCUCCAUGAAUCCCAGGAAGAAGGUGGAUUUGAAGCUCAUCAUCAUUGGGGCCCUGGGUGUAGGAAAGACCUCCCUCCUCCACCAAUAUGUGCACAAGACCUUUUACGAGGAUUACCAGACCACACUGGGGGCCAGUAUCCUCUCCAAGAUUAUCAUACUGGAUGACACAACUUUGAAGCUGCAGAUCUGGGACACAGGUGGCCAGGAGCGGUUCCGCUCCAUGGUGUCCACAUUCUACAAAGGCUCCGAUGGCUGCAUCUUGGCUUUCGAUGUCACUGACCUGGAGUCCUUUGAAGCCCUGGAUACCUGGCGGAGUGAUGUUCUGGCCAAAAUCAUUCCAGUGGAGCAGUCCUACCCCAUGGUCGUGCUGGGGAACAAGAUCGAUCUGGCAGACCGGCAGGUGCCACAGGAGGUAGCCCAAGGCUGGUGUAAAGAGAAGAACAUUCCCUACUUUGAAGUCAGUGCCAAGAAUGACAUCAACGUGGUACAAGCCUUCGAGAUGCUGGCCAGCCAAGCUCUGUUCAGGUAUCAAAACAUCUUAGAGAAUUACCUCACAGACUCCAUCAAGCUCUCACCAGACGACCAGUCCAGGAGUAGAUGCUGCUGACCUCCCAGACUCCCUCUCUGGACACCAGAGACCCAGAGUGCCCUGGGCCUGGUCAUCUCAGGC